UCGCCGCGGCCCGUAAACAGCGACAGCACAUGUUCGAGUUCAGAAAUUUCCGAAAAACCACAUGUCUGGGCACCAAGAUUUUACAAUAUUUCUCUUUUCGGCGGUAUAAUGCGGCAAAGUGCUGCAGAAAUAUAGCAGAUCGCUAGAUCAACUGCACGGUAACGACAAACAAUUAAUCAUCAUUUUAAUUUGCGACACAAUUGUGUGAAAAAUCACAUUCGGGGUAAUAUUCGUAACCAAAACGUUCUACCACACUAGCGCGUGAGUGAGUGUGAGCGAGAGGGCGAGUGCAAAGUGUGCGACGAGUGAGAGAGAAAAGAAAACCCGCAAAAGCCAAAAGCAUACGAAACAAAAGCAACAACAACAACAACAUCAGCAGCGUAAGAAGUGCGUAGUGAAGAGUGAACGCAAAGCAGAGCCAAAGUAGUGUAAAGCAGUGAGAGCGCGGCGCACAAGCACAAGUCGGCAAGAAGGGAAAGGGAAUUUGUGUACCACAAUUCUUUCUUUUCUUUUUGUGGCAGGCUCUCCGCGAGUUGUUGUUUGUCCCCUUUUGCAACCCGAAUAGGAGCAACUCCACGUAUUUUGAAUUUCCAUUAUUGUGUGAAGAACCUCCAGCAUCGAUCUAGUGGAAUAUUUUUCUGACACGACGACGAAUCAUCGUGACAGGACAAGGAAGCAACCAAGGAGCACCGACCUGUACCUGGAUCAGAAAAGCAGAAGCCGCAGGAACAGCAGCAGCAGCUACCAGCAUCUGAACCUGGAGUAGCGCAUAGUGCUGCCUACUCUGGAGACGAAGGCACAGCCACAACCAGGGAGCAUGUCCAGCAAGGAGGAGAUGCCGUCCUCUGGGGCCGCUGUUGUGGGCGGUGCCACCGCAGCCACCACACCCAGUGCCGCUAGCAGCACCUCGUAUGCCAACGUUGUCCAGAAUCUGGACACCAAAAAGGGAGGUGUCCCAGUCGCCACUGCAGCUGCCACUGCCGCUGCCUCAUCCUCAGCCGUCGACAAUAAGGAGAACCAACCAAAUCUGAAGAGCCUCAAGUCGUGGAGUGAGGAAACCGCUGCCGCUGAAGCCGCUGGCGAAACUCUAGUCAGCAAUGUCAGCCUGGCGCUGACCGGCGAGAAGCGUGCUGCCGCCGGUGGCGACAAUACCGCCGAGAACUCAUCCGAACUGGACGACAACAAUGACUUUGUGCCGGUGCUAUCCCAUCAUAGGCGGGACCGCAAAAAGGCCCGCAAGGACAAGCCCCGUGAGCAGCGCAUUGACAGGCCGCAGCAGCAGCAACAGCAUCCAGGCAGUGGCGCUGGUCAGAAUCAGAAACCCCUGCAGCCCGGCAGACGACCAGCUGGAAAUGGAAAUGGAAAUGGCAAUGGCAAUGGCAAUGGUGGUGCCUCUGAUGGGGCCACCGAUCGCAAGGCAUCGGUCCGUCCACGGGCUCCACGCGGCGGCAGUCCACGCAAAUCGGGUGCACCCGGUGGCGUCACAGGAGCUGCUGUCGUCAGUGGGAAGGUACAACACAAGGAUCGCAAAUCAGACACCUCACCCAGUGCUAGCCUCGAGGCCAAUAGCAGCGGCAACGAGGCCAAAUCCGGUGACGGCGAAUCGCAGGCGGCCGCAGGAGCAGCAGCCGGAGGCGCAGCACCAGCUGCAGUAGCUCCUCCACCCAAGCGAUUCGUAGCAGCGCCACCGCCUAAAGUCAAUGCCUGGAAGAUAUCAGCAAAACAGUCGUCGAGCCCCAAGGCAGGAACCACUCCAUUGGACAAGCGUGUGUUGCAGCCAAAGCAGCAGCAAUCCCAAACCAAGCAGACGACUGCCAGCAAUAAUAAUAUUAGCAAUAAUAAUACUAACCAAGGCGCACAGACUACUACCGGCAGCGGAAGCAGCAGCCAACCCAACAAAAAGACACAACAACAACAACAAUCCCAGCCACAACAGGGAGCAUCAGCAGCAGCAGCAGCGGCAGCAUCAACUACUACUACAACGACUACUACACAGACAGCAACAAGCAGCAGCGGCAGAAGCAGCACAGCGGCAACCACAGCCCCAGCAACAGCAGUAGCACCAACCGCAGCAGCAGCCCCCAUCACUGAGGCAACCACAACAACUGUAGUGGAUGCCAGUCAAGCGGAUGCACUUGCCAAAGUCGUGGUAAAGGACAAGAAGAAGGUCAACCAGAAGGCCAGCGAUUUCAGCAACGUUGGUGAUUGGCCGACGCUUAUUGGAGGAAUUUCUGGCAGUGGCAAAGCCACCAGCAACGAACCCAAACGCAACCCAACGAAAAAGCAACCAGCUAAAGCAGCACCCGCAACCAGCGUCACUACAAGUGAAGUUGCCACAGAGUCUAACGUCGCAGGCGCCACUUCCAGCAGCACCAACAGCAGCAGCAGCAGCAGCAGCAGCAGCAGUAGCAGCCAAGCUACAGCCGUCGGCACAGCCAGCACUACCACAGGAUCUGCAGGACCAGCAACAGUUACAGCCGGCACGAGCCAUGAUGCCAAAGCCCAGCGAGAAGGCGAACUAUCCACUGGCAGUGCCACUGCACCAGCUGCUGGCCCCCUUGCCGGCUCUGCCGUCAACAAAAAGAUACCCAAGCACAAGUGGCGUCCGCUGCAAAUCGAUCUGGCCAAGUCCAGUCGCCCUAAGCCCAUUGGCGGCCGACCCCAUCGUCGACUCAGCGACGAUGGCGUCGAUCAGCGACGCCCGCCGCGUGUCUACCACGAACGGGGGCCGGCGCCAGCCAAUGGUCGGGGUGGAGAUGGAGCCGAUGCUACUGCAGCAGCAGCAACGGAGUCCAUACGGCCACACAGUGGCCGGCAUCCGUACAUUGCCCGCACCACGACUGCUCCGACCGAGCGCGUGGAUUCCUGGCGUAGCAGCGGCAGCGCCGGCACCAAUGCAGUUCCCUACGAUGAGCAACGCUCGGGCGGCCCAGGGGCAGCAGCAGCAGGCGGUGCCGGGGCAAGUGCCGUGGUGCGGGGACCGCGACGCUUCCGCACGCCGUACCGGGGCGGGCGGCAGGGCCGGGGUGGAUUCACAAGACAGGGACCAGGUCGUCCGACUAAUCGCAUACCACGCCAUCUGCUAGCUUCGGGCGAAUAUGCAAGCUUUUUGCCAGCGGACGCGGCUGGCGCAGAUUCUGCCCAAUCCACGUACGUGCUCAUGGGCACCCAUUACUUUGGCAAUGUGCCAGCCUCCUAUAUCGAAAUGGAUGCCAACAGCGUCAAGGAGGCACUCAAGAAGCAAGUUGAAUACUAUUUCAGCUCUGAUAAUCUUACCGGUGACUUCUUUUUGCGUCGCAAAAUGGACCCCGAAGGGUAUAUACCGGUGACAUUGAUCGCCUCGUUCCAUCGGGUUCUCGCUCUGACCACAGACGUGGCCCUGAUUGUGAAUGCCAUCAAGGAAUCGGAUAAACUAGAGCUUUUCGAGGGCUACAAGGUGCGCACCAAGACCACGCCCACCGUUUGGCCCAUCAGCGAUGCACCAGAUGCUGCCGGCAAGGAUCAGCAGCAGCCGUCGCUGUCAAAACAAAAGACGAAUGAGAAGCCAUCAUCAGAGAAGCAGCAGACUGGGGCGGAUGCCGAGGAUGCAGCACCGGAGGAGAGUUCACCUCCCGCCAUCCUCACAUCUGCAAUGGCCACCAAGCCACUGAGCAGCAUUCCGCCGCCGCCGCGGCCGCGCAACUCUCAGAAUCUGGUGCCCAAGAUGCUGCAGGAGAAGCAGCAGCACCAGCGAUCGACGAUCAAUUCGGUGAAUGCCAUCAGUGUGCUCACCCAGCAGGUGGAGGGCGGUGCUGCAGAGCUGGCUGGACAUUUGAGCGGACUGGCGGAGAGUGUUAAGCCAAUGCCUGAUAAGAGGGCGGCUCCGAAGACUGGAACGGGACCAGGAACAGGAACCGGAACCGGAACCGGAUCAGGGGCUGUUGCUGGCGCUGGUGCUGUUGCUGGGGCAGCUGUUGCUUUGGUUGCGGAGCCGGAGGGCAUGUGGAAAGAGGUAAAGAGACGCUCGAAAACAAAUGCUUUAAAAGAAAAUGCUACUAAAUCCUCCACCACCAACAACACGUCCACGACAACACAACAACAACUACAACAACAAUCGCUUUCACAAACGCUCAACAACAACAAUAAUUAUAAUAAUAAUACUGUUAAAAAUGUCAAAACGAACAACAACAACAAAAACACCACCGUCACCGCAAACGCCACCUCGUCCAAGUCCACGUCCACCACGUCCUCGUGUGCAUCCAACAACGCCCCAUCCAACAACGCCUCAUCAACAACAAUCACCGCUGCUGUUUCUGUGUCGUCCGCCGCCACCGCUGCCGUCGCUUCCUCUGUCACCGUCACCACAACCACAAAAACCACUACAACCACCACCACCACUACCACCACCACCAACAACAACAACAACAAUAAUAAGAAAACAUCCUCUGCCAACGCUUCUUACUCCAACACCAAUUCGAAAUCCUCCUCCUCCUCCUCCAAAACAGCUGCUGCGCCAUCCGCUCAGUGCCAUGCCGAAAAGGAAGAACUAGACUUUCAAUUUGACGAGGAGCUGAUGGACCCCAUACCCGCCACCGGACGCAUCAAUAACUUCACCGAAAACUUCUCCGAUGAUGACGAGAGCGAUUAUGAAUUUGCCGAUCGCGAUAUCAAUAAGCUGCUGAUUGUCGCCCAGGUGGGGCGGCCACCCAAACACGAAGGCUACGAUCGCACCGCCGACUUUACCUCACGCACGAAAAUCACCCAGGAUCUGGAGAAUAUCAUUAACGAUGGUCUGGUCAACUACGAGGAGGAUCUGUGGACCACCACCAAUGUGGUGACCGACUAUCGCACCGUCAAUGUGAUCUCGCAGGCGGAUUUCGAAAAGCUAGCUGCCACCGGAGUUGUGCCCAAUCGUGGCAAGAGUGCGGCCGUGCAAAAGCAAGUGCCACCACCGCCGCCAGCCUAUCUGGAGGAUCUGGAUGCAGAUGACACCCUGGUUGGUGACACUACGCUCAAUUCCACGCUGAACUCCACGCUCAAGUCCCGUCGUGCCCGCUUCUAUGCUGCCCCCAAUUCGCACUCAAUUGAUCCGCGAACGCCACGCAAACGUAAGCUACGCCACACGGCCAAUCCGCCCGUGGAGGCGCAUGUGGGCUGGCUGCUGGACACGGUCGAGCAUAGGCCGCGCACAACCUCGAUGGGCUCGUCGGCGGGCACAUCGCCCACCACCUCGUCGUAUGGCUCGUUCGGAUCGUCGGUGCCGCAAUCGCUGCCCGUUUUCCAGCAUCCAUCGCAUGCUCUGCUCAAGGAGAACAACUUCACACAACAGGCCUAUCACAAGUAUCAUUCGCGAUGCCUCAAGGAGCGCCGCCGGCUGGGCUUUGGCCAGUCGCAGGAGAUGAACACCCUCUAUCGCUUCUGGUCGUUCUUCCUGCGCGAGAACUUCAACAAGACGAUGUACAAUGAGUUCCGUACUUUGGCCCUGGAGGAUGCCGGCAACGGAUUCCGCUACGGGUUGGAGUGCCUGUUCCGAUUCUUCUCGUACGGGCUGGAAAGGAAGUUCAGGCCGAGCAUCUAUUUGGAUUUCCAGGACGAGACCGUGGCCGACUACGAGACGGGUCAACUGUAUGGCCUCGAGAAGUUCUGGGCCUUCCUCAAGUACUACAAGAACAGGGAAAAGCUGGAGGUUCAGCCCAAGCUGGCCGACUAUCUGAAAAGCUUCAAGACCAUCGAAGAUUUCCGUGUGGUGGCGCCAGAGAUCGAUGAGAUGCUGCAGGGUGUGGGCAGCCUGCAUCCCGGACGGCAGCUCAACAGGCAUCGCAGUGUGUCCGAGAGCGAUGGCACCGCCGUGAUCGCGGCUGGUGGUCGUCGCUUGAACACCACCAUCACCAAUCGCAGUGACUAUGUGGGACGUUUGAUCCAGCAGCAGCAGCAGCACCAACAACAGCAGCAGCACCAGUACCAACAACAGCAAUAUUAUCAGGGAUACGGCGGUAACCAGAACCGCAGGCGCACCGGCUCCUUUGGCAGCAGCACAGUGCGCACUCGUAGCGGUUCGCUGGGCAACAAGCCGCAGGUGGUCCAUCGCAAUCAAGGAUCGCAACACGAGCUGCGACGGGGUGGCAGCAAUUCGGGCCUGGCGGCACACAAGCGUCAGCAUCAUCAGCAGCAGAAGCCCAAGCAGCAGACUCAGGGCAUAUCACAGACAAAUAACUCAGUGCGGGCCUCCACAUCGGCGGCAGCAGUAGCAGCGGCAACAACAACAGCGCCAGCGAUUAUGGCGGCAUCAGCAGCGACGGCAUCAGCGUCGUCCUCGUCAUCGUCGCAGAAGUAGAAAACAUAAAAAUGCAGACACAUUUUUUCGAUUAGACAUAAGUUAUUUUGCGACUUAGUUGGGAGCACUCCUCCUCUCUUUUGUUCACUAUUCAUUCUUAUUAUUCGUCUGUAGAAGCAGCAGUAGUUGUAGUCGGUUCAAGUCAGGCGUAAAAUGGGGAAAGAGGCGUGUCAGUGUGGCCUCUUUAGUAGCAUAAUUAAGUAAAAUGUUUUGAAAUUUUGUUUUUUGCAAUUUACCCAACGCGUUGGUUUUAGUAGUAAUAAUGAUUAUGAUACCUUCCUUUUUCUUUUUUGUCUGCAGUCCCUUGAAAAGAAAAAUGUAGCUUAUGAAGUGCUCAAUGUUAGCUGUUCGAACACACAGAUGCAGAUACACCCCAUACACAGAUACAGAAAUACAGUGACAAAACACUCGGCAGCCACUAAGCGGGGGUCCCAGUGCCAAUCAGCCAUGAUCUGAAUGACUAUUAUAAUAAUUAUUAUAUUUUGUUUGUUGAAUAUUCUGUUUUUUUUUUUCUCUAAAUCGGAUCUUUUUUUUCCUACUUGAAGCAGAGCGUUAUAAAAUAGACGUAAUGCCCAUCAACUGUUGUACGGUGUGAAAACAAAAUUAAAACCAAUAACGAUAAUCCCUUAAAUAACAUAUUCCCCUAACGAAAAGUGAAAGGAAAGCAAAGCAAAGCGAAACGAAACGAAACAAAGUUUAAUAUAAACCAUCAAAAACCAAAUGAUCUGAAUUAAAAUAAAAACAUUUUGUAAAUUAAAGCGAAACCGUAUAUACAUACAUAUAUAUACGCGCAAGAGCACCUUAUAUAUAAUAAUAUAUAUAUAUUCUUAUUAUUAUUAUUAUUAUUUUCCCUGUGUGUGACCUAAGCGCAAAUGUAAUGUAAUUUGUUUAAGAGACAACGAGAGAACCCUUACACUACACACCCAAUUGAGGCAUGCGGGGCUCAAGUGCCAGCGAAUUUUAGUUAUGUAAGCAUUUAAAGCAAAACCCAAUCGCAAUCGGAAUUAGAGCCGGGGAAAACGGAGACCGAACCGUAGACCGUAGCCUUUACACACUGCCCCCAAGUCUGUCAAUCUAUCGUCGCAUUGGUCUUACAAAAAAAAGUGGAAAAAAAACACCUCAAAACUUCGUACCCCGCCAAGCAUUUAGAAGCAUGUCAAAAAAAAAAACCAUUUAUUAUUUACGUUUAUUUUUUUCACUUGUUACUUUUUUUAGUUCGGAGAAAGAAACUUCUAGAGAACAUAAGGCAGAGCAGAUCAUGCGAAUCGAAAAGAAAAUCAAUCGUAAAAUAUAACGAAAUUUGUUUCGUCUAGUUGGUAAAUCAUUAAAAAACAUUUACAAAAAACGUGAGAAAUCAAAUGUAAGCUUAAUACUGAUAUUUAUCCAUAUAUCUGCGCGUAUAUCUACAAUAUCAUAAAUAUAUACAUAUAGGGACAGCAUCCGACUUUAAAGCGAAAAUAUAACGCUACGAACUGUGAAGUUAAGUUCGAUGCCGCCGGAUCAGAUACAGUCGAGCAGUUUGCAAAACUCUCGGUCGGCUGAAAUAAUUCCUCAAGAGCCUAAAUCAAUGAAAUACACAAUCGAUCGAUCUAUCAGCUCCUCGAUAAUAUGCUUCGCUCAUCUAGCCUAAGCAAAUACACCCUACACCCCAUAAACCCCCUCCCCGCCCACAAAAAAAUGAAAAAAGUGCAAAGAACCCUUUCAUUAAAUAUUAUUUUUUUAUACACACAUUAGAUAUCUGUAAAUAUAUUUCUUCUGCUUUUUAAAAUGUCGCCUUAUCAAUUUUAAAAUCACGCAAUCCCUCAGACACCUAUUGGCCAAACGCUGCUAUACGAGCUUAAUGAUCUACCAAUAAUAUAGAUAUAGGUAUACCUACAUAUAUCUAACUAUCAAUCUGUAUACCUAUCUAUUUAGAUGCACAUCGCUUGAUGUCCGACGACAAUUCAUUAGGCUGUUGCAUGAUUAUAUAUAGUUUUUGCCACAACUAUUCUGUUUUUCACAUGAAGUGUUGACUUUAGUUUAUUACUUAUAGAAUUAUAAUGAUUGAACCAGACGCCACACAUUACCCCCACAUCUGUGCCCUUUAAGUUUUCAAUUUUUAUAUAAUUAGUUUACACUUAAAUCUAUAUGAUAUGAUAUGAUAUGAUACGAGAAACGUUACCAACCAACCUACGAGAUGAAAACAAUGGAAAAUCUAUUAACAGUAAUUUUGUAAGCAAUCUUAAUAUUGAAAAAUACGAUACGUGAGAAAAAAACUAAGAGAAAUAACUAAAUAAAAUAAUGAAGGACAAGAUUAUUGUGAAAAA